UGUUGAGAAGUGGUUCUCUUUCUCUUUCUCAUUAUCAUUCUCAUUCUGUGGCCUUUUCUGACAUGGAAAGCACCAAAUGCGGACUUGAAACGGAGAUAGCUUAGAUAGAUAGAUAGAUGGAUAGGAAGGAGGAUCGCAUACUAGGAAUUAUAGGAUUCGGAGCUGAGAUGAGUAUGGUUAGGACUCACACUGAGUCUCAGGGAACCUGCGUUUCCUUCCGUUCUUUUUCUGCUUCACCCUCAAUAUCCCAACGCACUCACUCUUCAGCUUCCUCUUCAUCAGAUGCAGAUGAUGCAACUAAUGGGACACAUACAUGGAUUGGAAAGGGCCUCAAUUGUGUUUGCUUCAAGAGAAAGGGAAAUUAUGAGCGAAUCUGCACGAACUUGACACCUCUACAGGAAGAAAGAAUGAAAAGAUUGAAGCACAGAAUGCAAGUUUACUUUGAUGCUUCCAGGCCAGAUCACCAGGGUGCUUUGAGAGCUCUAUGGUCUGCUACAUACCCUGGUCAGGAGCUCCACGGCCUGAUAUCGGAUCAAUGGAAAGAAAUGGGAUGGCAGGGAAGAGAUCCUUCCACUGAUUUCAGAGGAGCUGGAUUCAUUUCGUUGGAGAAUUUAUUGUUCUUUGCAAAGACAUAUUCCACAUCUUUUCAGCGUCUACUGAAAAAGCAGGGAGGAAAUCGAGCUGCUUGGGAAUAUCCAUUUGCCGUUGCUGGUGUAAAUAUCACCUUCAUGAUCAUGCAAAUGCUUGACCUUCAUGCAUCAAAACCCAGGACUUUUGUCAGAGCAGUUUUCUUGCAAAUGUUGUCAGAAAAUGAGUGGACAUUUGACUUGCUUUAUUGUGUGGCUUUCUUGGUAAUGGACAAACAGUGGCUCGAGAGAAAUGCAACAUACAUGGAGUUUAAUGAUGUUCUAAAAUCUACUCGGGCUCAGCUUGAAAGGGAACUUCUAAUGGAUGAUGUCCUAAGGAUAGAAGACAUGCCUUCUUUUAGCCUUCUUUGUUAAUGGUAGUCAACCUGAAAACGCAGGCGGGACUUCUGAGACUAGUUCUUGAAGUUGUAGAAUCUCUCUCUCUCUCUCUCAGCUAAUUCAUAACUUCAUUAUUUGAUACAAAGGGCAGCCUCUAAUUGCUUCAUUAUCACUCCCAACCCUACCCUAUUAUAUGACCCAUCAAUACCUGAUUUGAUUAUUUUUACAUUCAACUUGAAAAAUUUUUGACAUUGAAGGGCGAUUUUUUGUACCUUAUUUUG